GUUGCAUGCAACCUGUCAAAAUAUUUGUUUCCUUCAGGCUUCUGUUGGAUGCUUGGGUCGCAGGGCUACGCGUCCUAUUCCAACAACAACAACAGCAACCUUCUGGCUUCGGAGUCAAGCCAGAAGUGCAGGAGUGCGGUCAGAUUGGGACUAAAACACAUGUGCUGAUGACAGUGGAUUGACAGCUGAACACAUCCACCUUUCACAAUGUCUGAAAACAACCUCAAACAGAUCCUAACUUUGGGGAACUCGAUCAUAGGAGUCUCCAUUCUGGCGAUGCCAUACUGCCUGAAACAGUGUGGCCUGAUACUGGGCAUCCUUCUGCUGAUCAUAAGCGGCUACAUCAACCGCAUCAACUGCCACUUUCUCAUCAAAUCGGCCAUCAGCACCAAGAGACGCAGCUAUGAAUUUCUGGCGUUUCACAUUUUCGGCCCGACGGGCAAGUUCGCCAUCGAGGUCAUCCAGAUCGGCUUCCUGUUCGGCAUCUGCGUCAGCUUCUUCGUCAUCGCCGGCGAUCUCGGUCCCAAAAUACUCGCCCAGUUGCUGGAGGUCGAGUGUACGCCACGGUUCCGGGCCUUCUUUCUCUGUGGGAUGUGCUUUUUCAUCGUGCUCCCGCUGAGUCUUCUGAGAAACACGGAUAGCCUGGCGAGCAUCAGCGCCAUCUCCAUCACCUUCUACGUCCUGCUGGUGCUCAAGAUUGUGGCCGACUCGUGGAGUCACAUCGUGAGCGGGUCGUGGCAGGCAGAGGUGGAGCUCUGGAGACCGGCAGGAGUUCUCCAGGCUCUACCCAUCAUGAGUCUCGCCCUGGCCUGCCAAACAAACGUGUUCUCGAUCUAUGAGAGCCUACCGGACCCAUCACUCUCUCGUAUGAACACCGUGGUUUCCGGCGCCAUCAACCUCUGCAGCUCCGUCUACAUCCUGGUCGGAUUCUUCGGCUACGUGGCCUUCCACGAUGUCAGCUUCGGAGGUAACAUCCUGGUGCACCUGGUGCCGUCUCCAGUGACGCGGUGGAUCAACAUCGGCUUCGUCAUGUCCAUCGCCCUCGGCUUCCCGCUGGUCGUCUACCCGUGCCGGGUGUCGGUCAACUCCCUCCUCUUCAGACGGCCGGGAUCCAGUCUGGAGCUGCCCCAGAACCACAUCCCGGAACUGCGCUUCAAAUGUAUCACCUUCUGCAUCCUAUCCAGCGCCAUGUGCAUCGGCAUCGUAAUACCCAGCAUCGAGGUCGUCCUAGGCCUGCUGGGGUCUACAAUGGGCACGGCGAUCGCCAUUUUGUUCCCUUCCGUCAUGUUUAUCAAAAACAACUCGCGCAACAAUCUAGAGAAAAUGGCUGCGCAGAUGUCAUUUAUUCUCGGCAUUGUGCUACUCGUCUGCGGCACCUACAUGAACCUCUACGCGGUGGACAAGCUGGCCCAGGAGCCGGCCGCGAUACCAGUGGCCGUGCCGGCAGUGACCGCACCGGCCGGGGUGCCCUCAGCUGGGCCGGUCGCUGUCGGCGGGGUACUCAGCAAUGUCACAGAUAAGAGAGACAUCAUACCGGACAAACCUCCGGGAGACAAGCAACGGGAAGAGGCGAAGGCGGCGGACGCGCCGCAGGAAGAGGCGAGGAAGGAGCCGGCGAUACCCGAGCCGCCGAUGGAAGACCAAAAACCGGCGGUCGACGUCGCUGAGAAACCCGACAAAGACACCGACACAAAACGUGACGGCGAUGACGAAAAACCUGCCUCUAAAAAACGCAAGACGAGUGACGAGAAGGCCGCUGAUGGCGAGGCCGAAGCUAUUAAUUCAGCUGGUGACGGUGCUGGCAAAAAGAAGUCCAGCAACCGCAGCAAACAUCGCGGUUCAAAGAAGACGGCCGGCGCGGAUGAGGGUGGAAAUGAAGUUGAAGAUGAUGUUGAAGCCGAUGUUGUCGCUGGCGAUUCUAAAAAGCGUUCUGCGGACGCUGUCGGCGGCGGGGAGGGCCUGGACGUAGGCGCUCUUCAGAAGGAGGAAGAGGAACGCGAGCGUGACGACGCGCUACGUCCCGAGGACCCGCAGGCGAAGAAGCUGGAGCUGAAGCAGGAGGAGGUGCUACAGAAGCUGGAGGAGACGCACAAGGAGCAGAAGGAGCUGCUGCAGGCUCAGAAGGCGCUGCUGGAUGAGAUGAAGCAGCAGAGGUCGGAGCAGGCGGCGGCAGGCGGACAGCAGCAAGGUCAGCCGGCUCAGCAGGUGGCGCAGCAGCCGUAUGCCGCCCAACAGUCGCCCGAUCAGGGGCAGCCAAAUGUCCCGGUGCAGCAAAUACCAGUAGCAGCACAGGCCGUAGCGGGACAAGUGCCAGGAGCUCAGUCUAUGGGAGGACAAGUACCAGCCCAGGCCGUACCGGGACAAAUGCCUGCGGGUCAGCCUUUAACAGGACAACUGCCUCCGGGACAAGUUAUGACGGGACAAGUGCAAGGGCAAGGUUUUCAGGGACAGCUGGCCCCGGGUCAGGCUGCCGGAGUGCAGGUGCCUGCAGGGCAGGUAAUGGCAGGACAGAUGCCUGCAGGUCAAGCGUACGCAGCUGUGGGGCAGCAGCAGGUACCGGCCGCCCCACAGCCUGCCGCCCCGCAGCAGCAGCAGUAUGUGGCCAACCAGCCACAGGUGAACCAGGUGCCAAAUAUGCAACAAGGCCAACAAGCGCUGUACCAGCAGCAGGGGCAGGCUCAGCAGCAAGGCCAACUGCCACAAGGACAACAGGUUCAGCCAGCACAGCAGGCUCAGCAGCAGCCUCCACAGCAGCUCCAAUAUCAACAGCAACCUCAGCAGCAGUAUCAACAGCCACAGCAAAUCCAGCAGUCGCAGCAAGAUCGGCCCCAGCAGCAGCAGUUUCAGCAGGCGUCUCUGAACCAGCCGGCGCCGGCUGCGGUAGAGCUGCCCUCUGUACAACAGCCGGCAGCGGUCCCGGCGGCAGCGGACCGGGUAGCCAGCAGGAGGGAAAAGGCAGCACAGGUGUCAGUGGACGGCGAAAAGAAGAAACGGAAACAGGCGGCGCACGAUCGUAUUCGCCGGGACGCAGACGUGUCAGCGAUAAAAGACGAGAUGUUGGUGGGCCUGCCGGAGAACUGGGCGGCCAUGGAAGCGGCUGGAGUUGGCGCGUCGUCACAUAAACGGCGCUAGAGGGCAGGAGAAUAGUGAGGUAGAGAGAGGGUGGGACUGAGCAAGGUUUGAAGAUAUGGAGAACUUGGAGUGAGGUGAACGGGACGUGUUUGAUGUUAAACCGUGAAGGCGAGAGUUGAUAUUCGUUCCUAUGACAUAUCUACGAGCUACUCGACUUGAUGGUGGUUUGUGAUAACUGAGGUUCGCACGCUGCGUAUUGUGUUGUUUUGUUCUGACUUGUACAUUUCCGAGCUGUGGGUGGAGAAUGUGUGUAGAAUGUCAUAGCCAAACUUGUUACAAAAGCUCCACUCAAAGCUCAAAGGAACCCAGGAAAUGACAUAACGUUGCUGUAUAGUCGAAAAGAAUUCCUGCAUGUGAUGA